AUGUCAAAGAAGCUAACAGAAUUGGAAGCAGCAGCGCUCACGUCAUUUACGCCGGCGGGUCAAGCGGCGCUAUACAAUAUCCACCUAGCACAGCAAGCUGAGAAAGAUGAGAGGGACGCCUUGAAAGCCGCAGAGGAAAAGAAGAAAAAGUUGCUGGAAGAUGUCAGACCGGAAGAAGUGAGGCCUGGGGAAGUGGUUGAUGGCUGGAUUCAAGAGUGGUGUCCACCUCUGUAUCAAUUCCUCGACAUUUUCGCCGCUCCUCACCUUGCCAUUGGCAUCUUCAUUCUGUUUCACAUGACGUAUUGGUAUACGACGCCAUGGUAUAUCCACUUCCUGAUUCCAUGGCCAACAAUAUACUUGAUACCGAUAUAUUGUACUUGGAAAUGUAUGAAGAACCCCAAGGACAGGGUAUUAUUGCUAUCCUACUGGCCUAUACUGUGUGUGCUGGAAUACCUCGAGAUCUUACUAUUCAGGGAUCAAGCUCGAUCGAUGGUUUGGUGGCCUAAACUGAAAGCGAUUUUUUGCUUCGUCAUCUAUUGUGUUAUUGAUAAUGAUGUGAUUUUAGAUUCAAGAGGCAAACCAAAAGACAAAAAACCUGUAUAUGGAGCCGUCAAACUCAUAGAAAGGUUUCUCCCUUCUCCGCCUGAAGAAAAGUCCAAGGAUGCCAAAGAAAAAGAUAGAAAAACCAGUGAAGACAAGGACAAGGACAGAAGAUCAAGCAGAGAAAAGAAAUCGAGUAGAGGUAAAGAUGAAAAGGAUAAAAAGAAGGCCAAAUAA